AAAGGCAACAACGGGGAUAGUUUUUCUCUGGAGUUCGAGAAGCUUCAUUUGCUGAAGACAGACAGCUUUGAGAUGCGCACGGAGGUGUAAACCUGCAGAGCAACCUGUCAGUUCAAAUGGGGAAAAGGAAAGACAUGAUCCAUCCCAGGUUUUUUAGUGAUGGCACCCCCAGCCUGCACAGCAUCCACAAGCGCAAACACAAAAAACACAAGAAGCACAAAAAGAAGCAUCACAACUUCACUGAGGCCCCGGAGCCCGAACCCCUCCCGGCUCCCCGGCCCCCACCACAACUCCGACUUAAGAUCAAACUAGGAGGACAGACGCUGGGCACCAAGAGUGUUCCCACCUUUACCGUCCACCCUGGUGUGGCUCGACCUCCUUCACCAUUGAUGAUCAUAGAUAACAAUGUAGAUGAUGAUGAUGAUGAACACGAUGAGGAAGACGAGGAGGAGGAUGAUGAUGAUGAUGAGCCCUCAGUGCCUUUGGAGCAGUAUCGAGCCUGGCUGGAUGAAGACAGCAACUUGGCUACAUCCCCCUUGCCGGACAUGGACUCUGACUCCAUGCUGUGCGGGCCCGUGGACGAGGAGGAGAGGUGGCUGGAUGCUCUGGAGAAAGGAGAGCUGGAUGACAACGGGGAGCUCAAGAAAGAGAUUGACGAGUCUUUGCUCACCGCUCGACAGAAAGCCCUGCUGCACAAGCAGCAGAGCCAGCCUCUGUUGGAGCUGCCAAUGGGCUACAAGGAGAAGGAAAUGACCGCAGAAAUGAUGCAGAAGCGAGAGGAGCGAGCUCGCAAGAGACGCCUGCAGGCCGCCAAGAAAGCUGAGGAGAACAAGAACCAGACGAUAGAAAGACUAACCAAAACCAGCAAGGCCAAAAUUAAGAGCCUGAAGGACAAGAGAGCAAAGCAGAGUCAGUUUCCCAUGGUUCGGUACAUCGACUCCGCUCGGGGGAUUUCCAUCUCCUUCCCCACAGGCGUUCCCGGUCCGGCCACGGCACCUCCUUGUCCCAUGCCUCCGGCUCCGGUCAGUUGUGGGGUCAGCGGCUGCACCAACAGCAAGAAGUACUCUUGCUCUAAAAGUGGGGUUCCUCUCUGCAGCUUGGAGUGCUACAAAAAGAACCUACUGCUGGUUCAGAGCGCAGCGUGACCUUCACCCGCAGCUGGGAUCACUUUGGACAUCGGUGUGCUCGGAUUUAUGUCACACACUCAUGGCAACACAACUGUGGAUGGUGGAUUUUGAACUCUAGACUUGUUCUGCAGCUGUGCAAACUUCUUAUCAAUCAUCAUUUUGUUUUGUAUAUUUUCAGUCUGUGUAUCGUAGGUUGCUUAUUAUUUAUGAUCUGUAAAGCAUCCAAUUACUAACAGCUACACAAAGUAGAAUAUUAAGGUUUGAAAGGGUAAAAACGUCUUCAACAUCAAUACUUCUUAAAUAAUGUGUUAAAGAAAAACAUCAGGUAAACCUUAGGGGAAAAAUAAGACUUUUAAUGUUAAAUAGUAUUAUUUAUGCAGAAAAAAGGUUGGUUUUCUCACAAAACUGUACAAUAUUUAAAUUAAUGCCUUAGUGACAUUAUCAGCAUAGUUUAUCUGUGGCAACAGCAGUUUUUUUUUACUUAACCCAACUUUGUGAAGUUAAAGGCAGCAGAUGGUUGUAUUAAAAAAGGAGGGGGUGGUAUGUA